AUGGCUCCUCACGCAGAAGGUCUCAACGGAUACACCAAUGGUACCGGGCAGACUACAGUGGCCAACGAGCACAAGGACCUCUUCACUGUCCACUCGCCCAACGUCGAUUACACGGACAAUGAGAUCAAGAGCAAGUACGUCUACCGUACGACUUCCGUCUCUCAAGCUGGGGAUGGCAAGUACGUUGCUACCCCAAAAGAGACGGUCUAUGACUUCAAGGUAGAACGUAAGGUGGGAAAGGUCGGAAUGAUGCUGGUCGGUUGGGGCGGAAACAAUGGCACCACCGUCACCGCAGGCAUUAUCGCCAAUCGCCGGGGUUUGGUCUGGGAUACUCGUGAAGGACCUCGUGCUGCCAACUACUAUGGCUCUGUUGUCAUGAGCUCGACCAUGAAGCUUGGUACGGAAGCGAACACCGGCAAAGAGAUCAACAUUCCGUUCCAUGAUGUUCUGCCCAUGGUUCACCCGAACGACCUUGUGAUAGGCGGAUGGGAUAUCAGUGGUAUGAAUUUGGCUCAGGCCAUGGACAGAGCGGCUGUGCUGGAGCCUACAUUGAAGGGCAUGGUCAAAAAAGAGAUGGCCGAGAUGAAGCCUCUUCCCAGUAUCUACUACCCAGACUUCAUUGCGGCGAAUCAGGGAGAGCGUGCCGACAACUGUCUUGAGGGCUCCAAAGCCAGCAUGGCUCAUGUCGAAAAGCUGCGCAAAGACAUUCGCGAUUUCAAAGAAGUUCAUGGCCUAGACAAAGUCAUCGUGCAGUGGACUGCCAACACCGAGCGUUACGCUGAUCUCGUCGAGGGUGUGAACGACACUGCUGAGAAUCUGAUGAAAGCCGUCGAAUCUGGACACGAGGAGGUCUCUCCAUCCACUGUCUUCGCAAUUGCUUGCAUCCUCGAGAACGCACCUUUCAUCAACGGUUCGCCUCAAAACACCUUUGUUCCCGGUGCUAUCGAACUUGCUGAGAAGCACGGUGCCUUCAUUGGUGGCGAUGACUUCAAGUCCGGCCAGACCAAGAUGAAGUCCGCCUUGGUGGAUUUCAUGAUCAACGCGGGGAUCAAAAUCACCUCGAUCGCCAGCUACAACCACCUGGGCAACAAUGACGGCAUGAACUUGAGCUCCCAGAAGCAGUUCCGAUCCAAGGAGAUCUCAAAAUCCAACGUUGUUGACGACAUGGUCGAAGCGAACAAUGUGCUCUACAAGCCUGGAGAGCAUCCUAACCACACUGUGGUCAUCAAGUACAUGCCAGCCGUUGGAGAUAAUAAGCGCGCACUUGAUGAAUACUAUGCAGAGAUCUUCAUGGGUGGACAUCAGACCAUCAGCUUGUUCAAUGUCUGCGAGGACUCGCUCUUGGCUUCUCCACUGAUUAUCGAUCUUGUUAUCGUUGCUGAGAUGAUGACUCGUAUCACCUGGAAGGCCAGCGAAGGUGACGGGGCUGCUACGAAGGACUACAAGGGCUUCCACAGCGUGCUUAGCAUUCUGAGUUACAUGCUGAAGGCUCCUUUGACCCCUCCAGGCACGCCAGUUGUCAAUGCCCUGGCCAAGCAGCGUGGGGCCUUGACCAACAUCUUCCGCGCUUGUGUUGGUCUCCAGCCAGAGUCUGAUAUGACACUGGAGCACAAAAUGUUCUAA